AUGUCCCGGUCCCUUUUCUUUGUUUAUUGUCCUGAUAAGACUGAGGACGGCACAUUUGAGCGACGGCUCUCUGUGCGUUCUAACCAUCUUGAGGAUGCGGGGAAAGCAUAUCUCAGGGGGAUUCAUUCCCGAUGGGAUGGAUUGAUAACCCCCGAAUCUCUCACUUCUGAGACGAAGAAGAUGGUCGGAUCGGCGUUUAUCUGUGAGGCUAAGGAUAUCGAUGAGGUGAAGGAAAAGGUCAAGGCUGAUGUGUAUUAUACUGCUGGAGUGUGGGACCCGGAGAAGAUCGUCAUCCUCCCGUUCGUGGGUGCUACGCCCGUUCCUUGA